GUAACAGGAGAAAGUCUCUAAGGAAGGAUAGGAGCAAAGUACAGAAGACUCACUCAUCCAGAGAACUGUCAUGUCUGCCACUGAGUACAUUAAGUACCAUGGUCUCCUCCUGCCCCCGGAGGCCCACACCACGGAGAGCUUGGAGUACGCCCAAAAUUUCUGUGUGGAAGACACUGAUGUGUUUGCCAUCACUUAUCCGAAGUCAGGUACAAUCUGGAUGCAGGAGAUCCUCCCGCUGGUGCUGAAUGGGGGGGAUCUGACCCCCAUCCAUACCAUUCCUAACUGGGAGAGAGUCCCAUGGCUGGAAGAGAAACAACUGGCACGGGUGGUGGAUAAGCUGGCAUCUCCACGGGCACUGGUCUCACAUUUUCCCUACAGCCUCAUGCCCCCUUCCUUCUGUACCUCCAAAGCAAAGGUGAUCUACGUCAUGAGGAACCCAAAGGACAUCAUGGUGUCUUCGUACUACUUCCACCAGAUGGCCGGCUUCCUUGAGGAUCCAGGAACCUUUGAAGAGUUCAUGGAUAAAUUUCUUGAGGGCAAAGUGAUGUUUGGAAAAUGGACAGACCACGUAAAGAGCUGGCGAAACAGUGAACUAGGAGACAGAAUCAUGUACAUUACCUAUGAAGAAAUGGUUCAGGACCUGCCUGCAUCUCUCAGGCAUAUCUCCGAUUUUCUGGGCUGUAAUCUGACUGAGGAAGUCAUUCAGAAGAUAGCAGAGCAUUGUUCUUUCAAGAGUAUGCAGAACAACAACAUGUCCAACUUCAGUCUAAUCCCCAAGGUGUACAUGGACAGUGACAAGUCUCCUUUUCUAAGAAAAGGUAUUGCUGGAGACUGGAAAAAUCACUUCAGCUCAGAGCAACUGGCCCGAUUCACCUCUGUGAUUUCCAAAGAGCUGGAAGGGGAAGAAUUGGGUGUGUGUGGAUCUGAGAAAGUAGAUGAUGUGCUCUAGGACACCCACCUCGCUGCCGCCUUGUACCCGCUGGUCCUGCCCUGGGCUGCCCACAGGAUGCUAUCCUGCUUUGAUGACACACACACAGCAUACAGUACACAAGAUAACCAAUAGUCCCUUAGAAGAUCCUGUAAUCUUAAUAAAGUUU